GAGGGGCCGGGGCUGUGCCCCGCUCCUCGCCGCCUCGACAGGGCAGCGUCUGCCGGCGGAUCGGGGCGGGAGGCGGCUGCCUCGGCACGGCGGGCAGCGCCCUUGGGCGGCACAGGAGAAAAUGGCCAAAAUGGAGGUCAAAAUGUCACUUUUAGAUGACAUGAUAGGGGUGGGAGAUAUGGUUCUUUUAGAGCCGCUUAAUGAAGAUUCGUUCAUCAAUAAUCUGAAAAAGCGCUUUGACCACAAUGAAGUAUAUACAUACAUUGGUAGCGUGGUGAUAUCAAUAAACCCCUACAGAUCUCUACCCAUUUAUACUCCUGAGAAAGUGGAAGAAUACAGAAACCGAAACUUUUAUGAACUCAGUCCUCACAUCUUUGCUCUGUCAGAUGAAGCAUAUAGAUCUUUAAGGGACCAGGACAAAGACCAGUGCAUCCUUAUUACAGGAGAGAGUGGAGCUGGGAAAACAGAGGCGAGCAAACUUGUGAUGUCAUAUGUAGCUGCUGUGUGUGGAAAAGGGGCAGAGGUUAAUCAAGUAAAAGAACAACUUUUGCAGUCAAAUCCAGUUCUUGAAGCUUUUGGAAAUGCUAAAACUGUGAGGAAUGACAACUCCUCUAGAUUUGGAAAAUACAUGGAUAUUGAGUUUGAUUUCAAGGGUGACCCACUUGGAGGAGUGAUAAGCAACUAUCUGCUGGAGAAGUCUCGUGUUGUUAAGCAGCCAAGAGGCGAAAGAAACUUUCACAUUUUCUAUCAGAUACUGUCUGGUGCAUCGGAAGACUUCCUCUGCAAACUUAAACUGGAGCGGGACUUCAGCAGAUACAACUACCUGGGCCUUGAUUCUGCCAAAGUGAAUGGAGUGGAUGAUGCUGCAAACUUCAGAACUGUUAGGAAUGCAAUGCAGAUAGUUGGCUUUAUGGAUCAUGAAACACAGUCUGUUUUUGAAGUGGUGGCAGCCGUUCUGAAAUUGGGAAAUAUUGAAUUUAAGCCUGAAUCUCGUGUGAAUGGACUAGAUGAGAGUAAAAUCAAAGAUAAAAACGAACUCAAGGAAAUCUGCGAGUUGACAGGUAUAGACCAGUCUGUAUUGGAAAGAGCUUUCAGCUUCCGGACGGUUGAAGCCAAGCAAGAGAAAGUUUCAACAACACUGAAUGUGGCUCAGGCUUACUAUGCCCGUGAUGCUCUGGCUAAGAAUCUAUACAGUCGACUGUUCUCUUGGCUUGUUACCAGAAUCAAUGAAAGCAUUAAGGCACAAACAAAAGUGAGAAAGAAGGUAAUGGGGGUGCUGGACAUCUAUGGCUUUGAAAUUUUUGAGGACAACAGCUUUGAGCAAUUCAUUAUCAACUACUGUAAUGAGAAGUUGCAGCAGAUCUUCAUUGAACUUACCCUAAAAGAAGAGCAGGAGGAAUACAUACGAGAGGGUAUUGAAUGGACUCAUAUUGAGUAUUUCAACAAUGCUAUAAUUUGUGACCUAAUAGAAAAUAACCAAACUGGAAUCCUGGCCAUGCUAGAUGAAGAAUGCCUGAGACCAGGAACUGUUACUGAUGACACCUUCUUAGAAAAGCUGAACCAAGUCUGUGCCACUCACCAGCAUUUUGAGAGUAGGAUGAGCAAGUGCUCCCGGUUCCUCAAUGACACCUCCUUGCCUCACAGCUGCUUCAGGAUCCAACAUUACGCUGGAAAGGUUAUGUACCAGGUGGAAGGAUUUGUUGACAAAAAUAAUGAUCUCCUGUACCGUGACCUCUCCCAGGCCAUGUGGAAGGCCAGUCACUCUCUUAUCAAAGCGCUGUUCCCAGAGGGGAACCCUGCUAAGAUCAAUCUAAAGAGACCACCAACAGCAGGUUCACAGUUCAAGGCUUCAGUGGCUACCCUGAUGAAGAACCUUCAGACAAAAAAUCCAAACUACAUCAGAUGCAUCAAACCCAAUGACAAAAAGGCUGCACACAUCUUCAAUGAUGCUCUGGUGUGCCACCAGAUCCGCUACCUUGGUCUUCUGGAGAAUGUCCGGGUCAGAAGGGCAGGUUAUGCAUUCAGGCAGGCGUAUGAGCCUUGCCUGGAGAGGUACAAAAUGCUGUGUAAGCAGACAUGGCCCCACUGGAGAGGGCCAGCCAGGGCUGGAGUAGAAGUCCUGUUUAAUGAAUUGGAAAUCCCUGAAGAAGAAUUUUCCUUUGGUAGAUCAAAGAUAUUCAUCCGCAACCCAAGAACACUCUUCAAGCUAGAAGAUCUGAGAAAGCAGCGGUUGGAGGAUUUGGCUACUCUAAUUGAGAAGAUUUAUAGAGGUUGGAAGUGCCGUACACGCUUCUUGUUAAUGAAGAAAAGCCAGAUUGUGAUUGCUUCCUGGUACAGGAGAUAUGCACAACAAAAAAAGUAUCAGAAGAUAAAGAGUUCGGCUAUUAUAGUACAGUCCUACAUCAGAGGAUGGAAGGCUCGGAAACUUCUCCGGGAACUUAAGCAUCAGAAGCGUUGUAAUGAGGCUGCCACAAUAAUUGCUGCUUAUUGGCAUGGUACCCAGGCGCGAAGGGAACUGAGACGACUGAAGGAGGAGGCUAGAAAUAAACAUGCUAUUGCUGUUAUUUGGGCUUACUGGCUUGGAUAUAAGGCUCGAAGGGAAUUGAAACGCUUGAAGGAGGAGGCUAGGCGUAAGCAUGCUGUUGCAGUCAUUUGGGCUUACUGGCUUGGACUGAAGGUCCGUAGAGAGUACAGGAAAUUCUUCAGAGCCAAUGCUGGAAGAAAAAUCUAUGAAUUUACCCUUCAGAGACUUAUGCAAAAAUACUUCCUGGAAAUGAAGAAUAAGAUGCCUUCUUUAUCACCAAUAGAUAAGAACUGGCCAGCAAGACCUUACCUUUUCUUGGACUCAACUCACAAGGAGCUAAAGAGGAUUUUCCAUUUGUGGAGGUGUAAAAAGUACAGAGACCAAUUCACAGAUCAGCAGAAGCUUAUAUAUGAAGAAAAACUGGAAGCAAGUGAACUUUUCAAGGACAAGAAGGCUUUAUAUCCAGCCAGUGUCGGGCAGCCAUUCCAAGGAGCUUACUUGGAAAUCAGCAAGAACCCCAAGUACAAAAAACUUAAAGAUGCUGUGGAUGAAAAGAUCAUCAUUGCAGAAGUUGUGAAUAAGAUCAAUAGAGCUAAUGGGAAGGCUACAUCCAGAAUUUUCUUAUUAACCAAAAAUAACGUUCUUCUUGCGGAUCAAAAAUCUGGGAAUAUCAAGUCAGAGGUUCCACUGGGAGAUGUUACCAAGGUGUCCAUGAGCUCCCAGAAUGAUGGCUUCUUUGCAGUGCACCUCAAGGAGGGUUCAGAAGCAGCUGGUAAAGGAGAUUUCCUGCUAAGCAGUGAUCACCUUAUUGAAAUGGCCACUAAACUUUACCGCACUACUCUCAGCCAAACCAAACAGAAGCUCAACAUUGAGAUAUCUGAUGAGUUCCUGGUCCAGUUCAGACAAGACAAAGUGUGUGUGAAGUUUAUACAAGGCAGCCAGAAAAAUGGCAACAUCCCAACUUGCAAGCGAAAAAACAAUCGGCUUCUUGAGGUGGCUGUCCCUUAACUGCAGCUGGUGGCUCUCCCUUUCACGGACUUGUUUCUUUGUAAUAGUGCAAUUUUAGUUGUUUGGUUUUACUGGUUUUAUCCCUUUCUGGAGCUGUUGAUGGCUAAUAGCUUUAGGAAACCCUUGGCAAAACAUUCGAUCAAUCGACUUUUAAAUCCUUUUGUUCAUGCCAGAGUCUUAACCCUCAAAAUGCAGAUUUUUACCCACUGAGGAGUUUUUACCAGCUGGAACAUACCUGUCAUACAGAGAUCAUUCUCUUUGUUUAGCGGUCAUAUUUUAGUGCAGCAUACCAUAAACCUACAUAUUAAUGCUAAAUUACUCAUAUUCCUUAGUCUAGGGAUCUGCUUAACAGGAACUACACAUGGCCUUGAUGCUUGAUGGCCAUUUGUGCCCAGUGUCAUAGAAUCAUAGAAUGCUUAGGGUUCGAAAGGACCUUGAGAUCAUCUAGUUCCUAUUGUGGUGGUGUGAAGGGCUCCUGGCUUGUCACUGCUGGGGAGACCAGCAGGAUGGAGGCUGACACACUAACUUAUGUAGUUAACACUAAGACCUAUGUAACUUGACCUUUUAGUCACUACAGCACAGGAACACCUAAUUCUGCAAAACUGAUUAUACAAGCAGUUGUAUGCAUAAUUUUAUCAUAAAAAUGCAGAAUUUUGAAACAGGAAUUUUAAUCAGGUCAGAUGUUUUUAAUGACUUUAUACAGUAGAAAUCAGUAAAAUUAUAAAAGCUUGCUUCUUUCACAAAGGCUAUACAGUUCGAGGCGUAUUUUCUGUUCUGCUUUUUUCUUUUAAAUUAUCAGUUAAGAUUAGAGCCUGAAAAAUGGAAUAGUAUUCAUAACACAAGUAGAUGCUAGGUAUUUAAACAGUUAUCAAGCGAAAGGUUUGAGCCUUUCUUUUAGAUAUUGGCAUGUACAAUGUGCAAUAAAACAUACGUGACAUUUUGUGAAAGAAUUAUUUAUAAUACAUUUUUGUGUGCAAGAGAGGAUUGGUGCAGGCUGCAUAGACAGUGUAAGGUUUAAACUAGAUUUGUGUUGUUAAUUUGCAGUUUUUUAGGGUGUACGCUACAGUUGUCAAUUUGGGAAGAAUACUCAGAAUUAAAAAAUUGUUAAUUUGGGGGUCUGUAUAUAAAUUGUUAUGGUAAUAAAACUGUUCUAAUUCUGUGCUAUUUGGUACUCCUAUGUUAUAACCAUAUUUUUGUACUCCAAACUGUUUUAUAUAACUUGUGUGCCUGAUGUAAAUGUGUGCACAGAAAAUACAAUCAAGAACUGCAUUAUAAACUUUCAGUGUAACUGAUUGCACUUAAUCUUUUAUAAGCCAGAAGCAUUAGCUGAAAUCCUUAAGAGGAGAGAUGCAUUUUUAGAUAGAAGUAACUACUCAAGUGAAGGGUUUGUUGGAUGUGACUGAUUUGUUGAUGCAAGGACAGUUGAGAAAGCAUUGUAUUUUUGCAGUCUGAUACAGGACAGAUUAAGACCCUGAGUAUCUGAUGUGCAGUGCUGGAAGUCCAAGCAUAAAUAAAGGAAAGAUAAAGAAAA